GAUAGCAGCAGCCCGUCGGACGGUCGGCUAUAAAACACAACAAAUCAUAAAGUGCAGGCAGGGGAAGGCAGAGGAAGGAGAACGGGAGGGAAAGCCGUUAGCCGUUAGCCUCUUCUACUCCUCCUCCUCCUCCUCCUCCUUCUUCUUCUUCAUCAUUGCGUUAUCGUUGUUGUUGUGUUUGUUCCGUGUUCUCCUGUCCUCCCCUCUCCUCUUCUUCUCCUCUCCUCUCUCUUCUCCUCCUCCUCCUCCUUCUUCUUCUUCUUCCGUCUUACUUUCUCCCGAUGAGUUCCUAUUUUGUCAACUCCACUUUCCCGGUAACGCUACCGGGAACGGGCACCGGCGCGCAGUCGGCAGAGUCGUUCCUGGGUCAGAUCCCGCUUUACUCGUCGGGAUACGCCGCCGACCACCCACUCCGGCACUACUCGGGGGCUGCAGCCGUAACCGCCGCCGCCACCGCGUACGGCGCGAGCGGCGGCGGCGGCGGCGUUCACCCGGAGAAACCGUACCCGACGCCCUCGUACUACCAGCAGGCGGCGAACGGAGCAUACGGCGGGCACCGGGGGGCUCAAGGGGUCGUCGGAGCCGGCGCUUGCGACUACGCGGCGGCGGCGGCGGCAGCGGCAGCUGCGGCGGCAACAAGCUUUUACCGGGACAAGGAGCACGCGUGCACCCUGGAGGAGCAUCAGCUCGCCAUGAGCCAGGAGGGCAUGCACCGUAAAGUGGAGUGCGCGGGGCUCGGUGGGAAAGGGAUGUUCGGCGAAACGAUGGACGACAAGCUACCGUCGUCAGCCCCUAUUUAUCCGUGGAUGCAGCGGAUGAACUCCUGCAACGGGACCUUCGGCAGCCCCGGGAGGCGCGGGCGGCAGACGUACACGCGCUACCAGACGCUGGAGCUGGAGAAGGAGUUCCACUUCAACCGGUACCUCACGCGGCGGCGACGCAUCGAGAUCGCGCACGCGCUCUGCCUCACGGAGCGGCAGAUCAAGAUCUGGUUCCAGAACCGGCGGAUGAAGUGGAAGAAAGAAAAUAAACUGAUCAACUCCUCCUCAUCGUCGUCAUCCUCUUCCUCAACGGUGAACGGCGCAGAGGAAGAGGAGAAACGGCCGGAGUGAAGGUGGAGAACGCAAAGACUGAGAAGAGAGGAAGAUGGAAGGAAAAGACAUGUUGAUCCCUUCCCCUUUCGUCCAGACGCGUGUCUGAAGUGCAAACUCUGGGAGAAAUAAAAGUAGCCUACAUGAUACUAUAAUUAUUUCUAUUUUAUUUUUUUACCUCAGCAGGCGGAAACGAUGAUUACUUUUUUUUUUUAUAUCUGUGGUCUGAACUUCGGAAUUAAAUCUCAGAGAGGACCGAUACAAAUUAGAAAUGGGAGAAAAUAACGUAAAAACCAGAGCAGUGGGCUCCCGAAGAGUGUUUGAACACACAGUAAACACAUAACUCGGCACCCAAAUGGGGACAAAAUGACUCCGUUUACUGUUCGUCCAAGAGAAAACUUUUGAAUGUGCUCCCAUUUCAUUGUACUCAAAAUGUAAUCCCUCUCCACCAAGCACUUGCUUUUGGAAGAUUUAGGAAUCCACAGAUUAUAAUUUGACGUGUUGAAUCUUACUUGCGGUAAAACGCGCAGACGCGGUAACGUACCGAUGUGGAGGAGAACGAGCUAUUGGAGAAGUGUAUGUCAUGUGUUCAUAUUUAUGUACAGAAACAAGCAAUCAUCUUGCACGGUGAAAAUAAUGUAGUGUUGGGGUCAGGGGUCAGGGGUAAUUUAAUCUUUCCAGGGGUUUUCCAGUGUUGAGGGGGGGGGGGGUGUUAUCCUACUGAUGUUAUUCUCCAGACUACCUAAAAAAAAACUUCAGGAAAGUGUAUAUUUUAUGGAUUUUUACCUUGUUUAUGUUAGUGUUUUGUCAAGUUAUUGCGUAUUCUACCUAUGAGACAUGUUCAAUAAAACGUAAAGUAUGUAUUGGGAGAGAUUCGUCUUAUUGAUUGACUAAAACGGGGACGAAUAGCUCGGCGUCCAAACCGAUCAGUGGAGUGGAGACGGUUUUAUUCGAUGAGUUAGUGC